UUUUCCACAGAGCAGCUGGCUAGCAUCAGGACAGGACAGGCCGCUCAGAGGAAGGAUACCUUGAGAACAGGUCUUCUACGCUCAGUCUAGGGCACUGAGGGUGACUUUCAGGAGGUGUUCAUGGGAUGCACUAUCUACGCAGCCAGCCCUAAGGCCCUGCCUGCCGACGAGGCCACAGGCCAGGAGAGAUACUACCGACCCCCCCACUACCGCCACCCCCAUGGUAACUGCAGUCAGAGGAUAGCAGCCAGCAGAGCCAGGGCCAGGAGCAUGACCGAGCAGCAGGAGCAGAGCGAAGACACAAGCCUGCUCUCAACUCAGGUUCUGGACCCUUCUAAGGAUGAUGACACACAUGGCCACUUCAGGUUUCAGCUGAUUGAAGACCUGUCCUAUGAAGAUGUAAAGAAAUGUUACCGUGAGUCGACUGUCAGCAAGUACAACUCGCAGUAUCACAAACUGUUCCAGUGUGUGCCCAAGGAUGAGAUCCUCAUGAAAGUGUACUCAUGUGCUCUUCUCAGAGAUAUCCUUCUACAAGGUCGGCUCUACAUUUCCAGAAACUGGCUCUGUUUCUAUGCCAACCUUUUUGGCAAGGACAUUAAGGUGGCUGUCCCCGUUGUUUCUGUGAGGCUGGUGAAGAAGCACAAAACAGCAGGCCUGGUGCCCAAUGGCUUGGCUAUCACUACAGAGGCUGGCCAGAAGUAUGUAUUUGUGUCUCUGCUAUCAAGAGAUAGUGUAUAUGAUGUCCUCCGCAGGAUCUGCACACACCUACAGGUCAAUGGGAAGAGUCUGAGCUUGAAGCAGCUCCUGGAGGAGCCAACGUUAUCGUUGGAUGAUUUUCCAGCUCCGGACGAAUUCCCGGUGGUCAAUGAAUUCCCAUCAGUGUUAAAGUGGAGGAGGAAACCCUCGGUGGUGUCUGUGUCCUCCUCCCUCCCAGACCUCCUGGGGAACUCCACCAGCAGCCUGAGCGCAGCAGACACACCCUUCAAAUCAGAGCCGCCGCUGGAAGAGCAAGCUCUGCAGCCAGACAGAGGUCUUUUAUCAGAGCCAGGGGCAGAGUUGGGCCAGAUGGAGUACCAGCUGCUCAAGUUCUUCACCCUGCUUAUUAUUCUCCUCAUCCUGUCAUCGUGCUACUUGGCCUUUCGUGUGUGCAGUCUGGAGCAGCAGCUGUCCUUCCUCAGUAACUCAAACCUGCCCUUCAGAGAGAGGUAACUGUCAUCUGCUGUUAACCACAGGAUUGGCUGUUGUUGACCCUUCUCAUGCUGACGUCCUCCUGCACAAAUACGGGACAAGCUCAGAGCCCAGAGCAGAUCAGCCCCAUGCCAGUCGCAGCACACAAAGAACAUACAUCAUCCUGAUUCCGGGCAACUUCUAGUGAUCACUUUUACACUAUGCAAACAGACUGUCUGUCUAUUUAUUUCUGAAUGUAAAUAGAUUUUACUUACAAAUAUGACAAUCCACCAUAGCCCGUUUCAUCUCAGAGACAUUUAUUCAUUAAACACAUGGCGCUAGAGUAUAAAGAGAUCCUGAAAUACUGAGCAGAUCACAGUUCCUGCUGUUUGUGACACUGAUGAAGUUUAGGAGCAGUGACAGAGACAAGAGGUGAGGUUGGUGUUAAAGGGUGGAAGGGUCAGCCCCACAGAUCAGAUCAGUAAUUACUUGAAAAGAUACAUAAAGUAAAGACAUUUCAAGUGAUGUGCUGGCAGUCACCCAUUAAAAUCUGAGAUAUGACUGACUCAGUAGGACGGCUAAAACUAGCUGCGGCAGUGCACUUUUUCCAACUAUGUCCACAUUAUUUCAAAUAACUGUUUUGAACCUUUAGCACUAACCUUUGUCUGAUAAUAGGUACAGUACUCAUUUGAUAUUUUUGAAGGUGGUUAUGGAAGGAAGUGGUGUUAUGACCACAAAUACUUUACUGAAUGAAAUGACUUGUCAUAAUGCAUAAUUUUUGUUUUUAGCUCUACUAAUUUGCUCUAUGAAAGGACUAUAAGGAGUGUUUUUUAAAAAUACAUUUCAAAUGAAGUUACUAGAGGCUUAAAAUGACACACUGAGGUUCUGAGUGUUUAUCUUAUCGUAUCAUUGUCUGAAGAUAUUUGACUGAUUUUGCACAGAUGAGUAAAAAUGUAGUCCUAGACUUGUUUGCAGAAGCCUAUGCAUUAUAUUGGAAACAACAUGUAGCUAAGCAGGAGACAUUGUUGUAGCUUUCAGGUUAUUUUUGGAUUGGUUUGUGUGCCAUGACUUUGCUAUCUGAAGUUUCAUCCUGUCAUACUGAGACUACAGAGAGGACCAUCAUGAAAAGGCUAGACUCCAACAGCACCUGUAUAAGUCAGUCUAACUGGAACACAAUAUUGGCAGAAGCACACAGUACUGGCUGUACACCAGCAGUAUAGUUUUCUUCUAGGUGUCUCAGUUUAAAUUCAAUAGCUGGUCAGAAACUACAAAAAACAGCUUUGACUUUAGUCAACUUAUAGAUGAAUCAGGGACGAAUCUAGAAAAUUUUGAAUGGGGUGGGCAGGCUGGGGCACAGACUCAGAGAGGGGUGUUACAUUUGAAAUACAUGUAAAAAGUAAAUUAAACCCUUAGUUCUAUGCAAUAAUAAAUUAUAUAUUAUUACAAAUGAAAUUGUUUAUUCUGUUUAAAAGUGAGACACAAUGCUUUUUCAGUUGACUUUGGCUGCGCCCCGUAUUCACCCCCGGUCAGAGACCUUGUUGCUGCGCAGUGGUUCCCCACCCGCUGAGGCGAAUCAAUCCAAGUACUCCACAACAACACAACUGGACAAAUGAAUGCAGAUAUCAUGCUGCAUGCAUGAUAUAAAAUAAAACUGGCCACUCCCUGGCUCCGCCCAUUAUUGAUUUGAUUUGAUUUAUUCUUUCAAUACGAAUACAAAUACAAGCAUUACAUUGUUUGAUGAGGAUUUUUUUUUCAUUGCACUUUAAAGCUUUUCAAGUGAUAGUUAUAUGAUGUGCAGCAAGUGUAUGACAUGCCAUGCUUUGAUUAAUAAAAUACUGUAU